AUGAACGAAAUCCCGAUCGGGGUAUCGGCAGAGAUGGCCAGAGAACCGCACGAGAAGCGUCUGGACUGGCCAUCAAAGAUCACAGCAGAAUCGGCAAAGUCUGCUACGAAAUUAUUUGAUACUGUGGAACUCAUGGAGUAUAUCCUCCUCCAACUCUCGGCCAGCGACGUGCUUACCGCCAUGGGAGCAGUCCGAUCAAUGCACGAUACGCUCAUAGGAUCGACCAAAGUCCAGAAGCAUAUCGGCCUUCUCCCAGACCCCUCCUCCGAGUUCCGUAUGCCAACGAUGCCACUGUACUACACACCAAACUCUUCAUCACCUCGUCCUUUCCAGAUCUUCUACGGUCUAUACUUCCAUGACGAUCUCGGAACUUUCAAAAACCUCUCUGUAGCCACACGCGUACUUCGCACCGAAGCAUACGACCGUGACCAUAUCGCAGCCUUCAGCUUCGAGGUCUACCACGAGGGCCCCUUUCUGCAGAAGCUAGGUCCUCGCGUUCAGAAGAUGCUACCCUUCCAACCACCCGUUACGGAGGUCGAGGUCUGCCUGAGAUGCGAGAACUGCGUUCCAGGCCUGUGGCCACCUCCAGGCAGCCGAUCGCCGGAAUGGUGGUAUCCUACCACCAUUAAGCCUCGCGAUGGCAAGUUCAUCACUUUCGGUGAUCUCCAGCGCGCGGCUGUCUGCAAGCGGACAGAGCAUCGUAAGCUGUGCACCAAGCCUAGGGCACGUUCUACCGUCGAUCUCCGAAUGUGUGGCGAAGUUCAGAUCUCGUUGUAA